CUCAGUUGCCGCUGCCACCGCCACAGCUGCUGCACUGCCGGCGGGUACCCGCGCCGCAGAUUUACUGACUUACUCUCGAGAAUUCUAUAUUGUCAGCUGUCCUCAUGGAUGAACUUCAGGAUGUUCAACUCACAGAGAUCAAACCACUUCUAAACGAUAAGAAUGGUACACGAAACUUCCAGGACUUUGACUGUCAGGAACAUGAUAUAGAAACAACUCAUGGUGUGGUCCACGUUACUAUAAGAGGUCUUCCGAAGGGAAACAGACCAGUCAUUCUGACUUAUCAUGACAUUGGCCUCAAUCAUAAGUCCUGUUUCAAUGCAUUCUUUAAUUUUGAGGAUAUGCAAGAGAUCACCCAGCACUUUGCUGUCUGUCAUGUGGAUGCCCCCGGCCAACAGGAAGGUGCACCAUCAUUCCCAACAGGGUACCAGUACCCCACAAUGGAUGAAUUGGCUGAAAUGCUGCCUUCUGUUUUUACCCACUUAAGUCUGAAAAGCAUCAUUGGGGUUGGAGUUGGAGCUGGAGCUUACAUCCUCAGCAGAUUUGCACUCAAUCAUCCAGAACUUGUGGAAGGCCUUGUACUUAUUAACAUUGACCCUUGUGCUAAAGGCUGGAUUGACUGGGCAACUUCCAAACUCUCAGGAUUGACAACCAAUAUUGUGGACAUUAUUUUGGCUCAUCACUUUGGACAGGAAGAGUUACAGGCCAACCUUGACCUGAUUCAAACCUACAGGCUACAUAUUGCCCAAGAUAUCAACCAGGAAAACCUACAGCUCUUCCUGGAUUCCUAUAAUGGACGCAGAGACCUGGAGAUUGAAAGACCCAUACAGGGACAUAAUGAUAACAGAUCAAAGACAUUAAAGUGUUCUACUUUAUUGGUGGUUGGGGACAGUUCACCUGCAGUUGAGACUGUGGUUGAAUGCAAUUCUCGCCUGAACCCCAUGAAUACAACUUUGUUAAAGAUGGCAGACUGUGGUGGACUGCCCCAAGUAGUUCAGCCGGGGAAGCUCACCGAGGCCUUCAAGUACUUUUUGCAGGGAAUGGGCUACAUCCCGUAUGUGCAGCUCAGUCACCUGAGCACCGAGUCAGUACCGUCUGCCAGCAUGACCCGGCUCGCCCGAUCACGAACCCAUUCAACCUCGAGUAGCAUUGGCUCAGGAGAAAGUGCCUUCAGCCGAUCUAUCACCAGCAAUCAGUCAGAUGGAACUCAAGAAUCCUCUGAGUCCCCUGAUAUUGUGGACAGACACCAGACCAUGGAGGUGUCCUGCUAAGCAAAUGCUCCUCCCUUGGACCAUACAAGUCCAUCUCUCUUCAGUCACUCCAUAAUAUAACAUUUCAUCCAGCAAACUGGCAUCUGCUCUCUAACUCCUGCAUGGCCACUGACUCUCUCUUGGUAUCUUGGAUUUAUCAUUCUCUCUGCCUGCCCACAUCCCCUUUUGUAUGUACUGAGAGCCACCCCUAUGCCAUUACUGUAACAUUCCAGCAUCUUUAGCUGAUCAGAUCUCCAUAUCUUCUCUUACCAGCUUUUCCCUUGCUUUCCCAACUAUGUAUCUGAUAAGAUUCUUUGACCCUCAUGUAUGUGUGUGAGCACGUGUGUCUGUUUGUGUGUGCAUAGUUCUUUAAUUUUAGACAUGCUUUCUUGUAGAGCUUCUGCAAAAAAGGGACUUUUUUCAUUUUUUAAUGAUGUUUUUAGGGAAAACAUGCAAAACCUGUUUCUUGAUUGGAUAGGUUAUUGCAUUCUCUUUUGGUCUCAAACUGGUCGAUAAAAUUUGCAGACUAAGUUUAAGAAAGAGCAGCUCUGAAGAAUGUAGACAAUAAUUACUAUGUGGACUAAUGACUGAUCAUGACCGAUAGAAAAGUACCUGUAAUAGAGAGAGGCAGGCAGGGUGGCCCGCCACCUCCUCCUGUCUAGAUGAAUUCCUAUACCCUAUAAAUAGAAGGAGGAGACGUAUUUGAAGCACACAGAUGAUGAGGUUCUGAUACAGUGUGGAAUUUUUCCAAGGGGUGAGUGUGGUUUCAUUUCUGAGCUCUUCACAUAGGAAGGCGGAAAAGAAAAUGCCAGACUACCAGUGUGCCAGAGCAAGAUUGCUACCCCUUCAGUAUCUGUUACUGCUUCUCAGACAUCAGCAAGAAGUGCUUUUCAGGCCUGUGGUGGACAGUGUCUUCAUUUUUCCAUUCUCUAAAUGGGGAAAGAGGUAAUCUGAAAAUUACAUAGAUGGUGAGGCAAUGAUUAUGGAAAAGAAAAAAAAAUUAACUCGAUGUUGUGUUUAAUAAGUAAUGCCUUAAUUUCAGAAGACUUAAUAGAAGCUAAAUAAAAUUACAUAGAAUCAACUUCUCAGAAAGAUUCUUAAGUCCAUGAACUCUUGUUUUAGUAGGAGAAAAAGCAGCUGUCUGUAAGGGCAGCCUGUUCAGGCAAAAUUGUGAUACUGUCUACUGCUUUGUAAAGGGGUCAGAGGCAAGCAUGGUGAAACCACCUGCCACACAGCAAGAAUCCACUCUUCAGGGCACCAAGAUGCAAGCUCAGGGUUACAGUUCUGAACCGUGGGAAGGGGCUUGUCAGACAUAGUAUUUGCUUUCUGCUAAGACAGGGAAUGUGUCACUCCGCCAGAGUACAACUUUUUACAGAUUACUAAAUAAAGCUGUAUAUGUCUCAUUGUUA